AUGUUCUGGACCAUCGGAUGCAUUUACGGGGCAUCCUCUGUUGCAUUCGGCGCGUUUGGAGCUCACGGGCUGAAAAAGCACAUCAGCGACCCGGCAAGGCUUGCAAACUGGUCGACCGCUGCUCAAUAUCAGUUAAUUCAUAGCGGAGUCCUCCUUCUAACAGCAGCAGCAGCCCCCAAAAAUAAGGUUAUACCUGCUUUCUUCGUGUUAUCCGAGUCUUUCAUUCUAAGCGGUCCCACAGGUUGCGGCUGCACUCUUCACGGCUGGGAUGACGAUGUUUAG